CCUUCUCCUCUUCCUUUCUUCCCCAUCUAUAUAAUUCCUCAUUCCUCUGCAUCCCGUCUUCAACAUAUCACACCCUGCAACUCCAUCCCCUAUGGCUUCCACUCUUCUUCCCUCUACUGUUUUCGUUUUCUUUAGCUUUCUACUGGCCACUGACAUAGUUUAUUCGCAAUCGUUCAUCGGAAUAAACUACGGUCAAGUCGCCGAUAACCUUCCGCCUCCGUCAGCGACGGCGAAGCUACUUCAGUCCACUUCAAUCGAGAAAGUUCGACUGUACGGCGCUGAUCCGGCUAUCAUCAAAGCCCUAGCAAAUACAGGGAUCGGAAUUGUAAUUGGUGCUGCAAACGGUGACAUUCCAGCCCUAGCGGCCGACCCGAAUUUCGCGAAAAAUUGGGUUAACGCCAAUGUAGCUCCCUUCCAUCCGGCGAGUAAAAUCAUUCUCAUCACGGUCGGAAACGAGGUGAUAACCUCCAACCAAGAAAAUCUAAUGAACCAACUGGUGCCGGCGAUUCAGAAUAUUCAAAACGCGCUCAACUCGAUGUCUCUAGGGGAUAUUAAGGUUUCCACUGUCCAUUCCAUGGCGGUGCUUCGACAAUCGGAGCCGCCGUCGUCGGGGAUGUUCCACCCGAACUACAUGACCGUGUUGAAGGAGCUAUUGGAGUUCAACAAUGCCACUGGAUCGCCAUUCACGAUUAACCCAUACCCGUACUUCGCUUAUCGGAGCGAUCCACGGCCGGAGACUUUGGCCUUCUGUCUUUUUCAGCCCAACGCCGGGCGGCUCGACACGAACACCAAUAUCAAGUACAUGAACAUGUUCGACGCACAGGUGGACGCCAUAAGAUCUGCAUUGAACUCCAUGGGGUUCAAGAAUGUAGAGAUUGUGGUGGCAGAGACGGGGUGGCCGUACAAAGGGGACAACGACGAGGUUGGUCCAAGUCUUGAAAAUGCUAAGGCAUUCAAUGGUAAUCUGAUUGCGCACCUUCGUUCCAUGGUCGGUACGCCAUUGAUGCCGGGGAAAUCAGUUGAUACGUAUCUCUUUGCACUUUACGACGAAGAUUUGAAGCCUGGCCCUGGUUCUGAAAGAGCUUUUGGAUUGUUCAAGCCUGAUCUUACAAUGACCUAUGACGUUGGUCUUUCCAAAAAUGGCCAGAGCACUCCAAGUAGUCCUAAAACAACACCAGUGACGACUCCGUCGUCUCCAGCGAACAACCCAUCAACCAAAGCACCAACAAGUCCAAAGCCGAAGGCAGGAGGAGGCUCAUGGUGCUUGCCAAAGGGUGGCGUAUCAGACGCCCAGCUUCAAGCCAAUUUGGACUAUGCCUGUGGAAGAGGGCUGGAUUGCAGCGCGAUUCAACCUGGUGGAGCAUGUUUUGAGCCAAACACCAUAGCCUCACAUGCCGCCUACGCCAUGAACCUCUUCUUCCAAAAUGGCGGCCGUGAUCCAUGGACCUGUGACUUCUCACAAUCUGCCACACUCUCCUCUAACAACCCAAGUCUGAACACACAACCAACUCCAUAUAUAUUUUUUGGAUUAUUGAGACCUAAUUUCUUCACUACCAUUACUAAGACUACAAUCUAAUUCUGUUUCUGUUUUAUUGUUGUAGGCUACGAUGGCUGCAAUUAUCCUGGUGGGAGCACGUGAUGAGAUUAGAAAGCAGUUGGAUAAUUGGAUGUAAAUUUCUGGAAAAGAGAGGCUUCCAAUCUUCAUCAAGAUGAAGAUCCAUUUUCCACUUUCCAAACUCCAUUAACAUAUGUAUAUUUUCUCUUGGUUUUUUUUUUUUAAUUUUAAAAUAUAUAUUUUAUCGUUUUCCAGCUACAAGGUUGUUAGUAAAUUGUAAGUGUGUGUGUCUCCAUGUUUAGAUUAGUGUUUUUUUUUUAUAGAAAUGCUUGUUCUUAAUUGUUAAUUAAUAACUAAACAGCUACAACACUAAUUUGGAAUUUUUUUUUUCAAGAUCA